AUGCCUGCCAAGGACGAGGAGGAGCUUGAGCUGCGUCAAACCCACGAGGCCCUGAGCAUCAUACUUUCAGAUGACAGUGCCUUUGAGGCUGUUUUGAACACCGUUUUCGAGGACAUCGACUUCAAACUUGAUGGGUCUGUAGACAAUUACGAGUUGGAGCGCUACAUCGGGAACGCGUGUGCAGGAAUGGGCUUGGCGCCACCUGAAACUGGUCAGAUACAUGGGAUAUUCCUUCACCUGGACCUCAACAACGACAAGGCUAUCAGCCGCGAGGAGUUAGCUGUCUUUUUGCGGCACUUCUUUCAGCAGCAGGUCAAAUUCUGCGCCCUGAAGCUGCACCUGCCUAGAGCCCCUUAA